AUGCCAGUUAUCUUCCCUAUCGAAACCCGUGCGCAGAGGGAGGUGCUGGGAGUGGCCAUCACCUUCUCCAUCCUAGCCGUCGUCGCAGUUUGCCUGCGCCUGCUAGCCCACCACCUGGCGCAGAAGAAAUGGAGUCCGAGCGACUAUUUUAUUAUAGCCGCCUGCAUCUUCGCUGUCGGUCUCCAGUCCAUCAGCAUCACCGGCGUCUUCCAGGCCGGCAUAGGAUAUGACCAUGUCACGACUAUCGCGGCGGCCUACGGCCUGGAGCCCAUCACAAAACUGCUGCAAUUGAUCAUUCCACUGCAAUUUCUCUGGGUGCUCAGUCUUAGCUGCACAAAGAUCUCCAUCCUAUUGCUUUAUCUCCGGAUCUUUCCCGUCACUUGGGUCGUGAUAACCGCCUGGACAACGGUAGGCGUGAUCGUGGCCUGGGCCAUCGCGACCAUUCUAGCUGGAUGUCUGAUCUGCCGACCUUUCGCCUUCAACUGGGACCAGACAAUUCCCGGCGGAUCAUGCGGAAACCAAGUCACUUCUUUCACCGCGACGGGAGUCAUCAACCUGGUCACCGACGUCGCCGUGCUAGUGAUUCCCAUGCCACUGCUAUACCGACUCCAGAUGGCCACUUACAAGAAAGUAACCCUAAUCACAGUCUUUGGACUAGGUGUCGUAACCUGUAUCAUCAGCGCCCUCCGCAUCUCCGUCCUAUCAACAAUGGACUUCAACGACAUCACCUUCACGCUCCCCCGUGCCAACAUCUUCAGCGGCGUCGAGCCCUGCCUCGCUGUCGUUCUCGCCUCAAUACCCCUCAUGCGCCCACUCCUCGGACGAUCAACAUACACGCCUGAAGUCACCGCCCGACGACCAACAAAAUCAUCGUCUCCGUCGACCGGGCCGAAACCCGCAACAGACGACGGUUUCCACCCCUUGCAGGAUAAUUCGAGCCAGUUGUGCUUAAGGCCCAUGGGACCGAAGAACCAAGCGAGCGUCGCGGUACAGAAUUCAGCGUCGACGGGUGCGUUGAGUGCUGGGAGCGAAGAGUCGUUAGGGACAAGAGAGACCAGGAUGGAUCCGCGAGGCGGGAAUGGUGGGAUCAGCGUGAGGCAGGAGUGGGCUGUGAUUGAA